AUGAGUUGGUUUGAAAAGUUGUACAAAAGAGAGCCCGAAACAGUAAAUUUAAAUGAGAGGGCGGAAAGAUUCCAAAGAGAAGUGGACGAAAUGUUGGCGGAGGUAACCCGAAUGACAUUGCCAUUGCAAAAAAAAUCAUUUCAAUGUUGUACAAACUGUUUUGAUUUAAGUUCAGAAAACUUGGACGAUAUUACAAAUUGUAUUAAAAAUUGCCAAAAAAAUCCCGAAGAAUUCGGUAACGCCGUUCAAUCCGAACUCAACCAAUUACAACUUUCAUUAACCAAUUGCCAUCAAAAAUGUAUGAAUAUGAAUAAAGGAGAUGCAAAUGUGGAGAUGGAGCGGUGUGCGGUCAAAUGUUACGAUUCUAAUCAGAAUAUGAUUAAAACCAUUUGGAACAAUCUGCAAAAAAAUUAUCAAAAUUUUACUUAA